GUUGAUACGGUAUAUCUUGCGGAGUCUCUUGGUAUAUUAAAGCCGCCUUGCCACGGUCACACUUUCGCCAACUGCAAGAAUAAAAAGCUAUUAGCCACCAUGACGACUGCCUUUGACGCCGCACACACGGAGGGGCCGGGAUUCGUGGGCAUUCGGUUCUGCCAGGAGUGCAACAACAUGCUGUACCCCAAGGAGGACAAGGAGAACAAAAUCCUGCUCUACGCCUGCCGGAACUGCGAUUACAAGCAGGAGGCGGACUCCAACUGCAUCUACGUCAACAAGAUUAUGCACGAAAUCGAUGAGCUGACCCACAUUGUGCCCGACGUGAUCUCCGAUCCCACGCUGCCGCGAACGGAAGAUCACGCCUGCCCCAAAUGCUCCCACAGGGAGGCGGUCUUCUUCCAGGCGCAAACCCGUCGCGCCGAAGAGGAGAUGCGACUGUACUACGUGUGCACCAACCAGAACUGCACCCACCGAUGGACGGAGUAGAAACAGAUGACCCAUCGCCUCGUAAUCGUAGUCCUAAGUAAACGAACCAAUGUAAUGGCACUUUGCAAUCGCAAGUUCAUAAUUCCCCCAUGGCUAUGCCGCAAAAACAUCCCACGUGCAGCUCCAUUCUCGAUUUCCGCCUGAUGAUAUAAAAGCCACAGUGUAAAGAAAUCAAUGUGCUUCCCAUGAAUUUGAGGGACCUAUAUUUGAUUUGUACAAAUGUAAGCCACCACUAUUUCCAUAGCUCAGGCUUUAAAUAAAUAUAUAAAUGCAUUGCGCCGAAACUGUUGCAUCAUCCUUUGCUAGCCAAACUUUAAUAAAUAUUAGUUUCCAAGAAAGCGUAUAAGUUUUGCACAUGCAUAUAUUCAGUUGAGAACAAAACCAACCUUUUUGUUGCAAAAAUUAGUAGUGAUUUAUGAAAAAUAAAGCUCAAUGUUAAGCAGGUUAAGCCGCAUAUUUAGGCAACAUAAA